AUGCGGGUGCUCUGUGUGGCGGAAAAGAACUCCAUCGCCAAGGAGGUCGCCAACGUUUUAUCUGGUGGACGCGUCAGGCCUCGAAACAGCUUGUAUAAAUACGUCAAGAACUACGACUUCACCUACAACUUUCCUGGCUUGGGCUCGUGUGAAGUCACCAUGACAGCCGUGGCGGGCCACGUGUUGAGCACGGAUUUUGGGCCUGAAUACGGGUGGGGGAAAUGCCCGCCAGGAAGGCUUUUUGACGCUCCGUUUUUGACAAAACCUCCUUCAGAUAGCGAUCAGAGAGCUGGAAUCCAUAAGAAUAUCGUCAAGGAGGCUCGAGGUGCCGACAGACUCAUGAUCUGGACGGAUUGUGAUCGAGAAGGAGAGUAUAUUGGGUGGGAAAUCAUGAAAGUGGCGCUGGGAGCCAACCGAAGGAUAACGUUGGAAACGACCUGGAGAGCACAAUUCUCCCACUUGGAGCCUUCUCAUGUGGUUCAAGCAGCCAGAAACCCGAAGCUGUUGGACAUGCGGCUCGUGGAGGCCGUGGAAUGCCGUACGGAAUUCGAUUUACGUGUGGGUACGCUGUUUACCCGUUUUCUCACCAAUAUCUACAAAAGCAAGAGGCUAGUGGGCGACAAGGAGGUGGUGUCGUACGGGACGUGUCAGUUUCCGACAUUAAGUUUUGUCGUGGACCGGUACAUUCGUGUACGGAAGUUUCGGCCUGAACCGUUUUGGUCAAUUGAAUUGAUUGUUACGAAAGACGGACAGAAGGUGAAUUUCUCGUGGGCCAGGAACCAUCUUUUCGAUAAGAUGUUCGCUUAUGUGCUAUACGCCCAGCUUCUAGAGGGUCCUGACAAACCCAGGAUCGUCGGUGUCAACACGAAACCAACCUCCCACUAUAAACCGCUUCCAUUGACUACCGUGGACCUCCAGAAAUGCUGCUCACGUUACUUCCGGAUGCUGGCCAAGGCGGCGCUAGAUGCUGCAGAACUGCUUUAUACAGCAGGUUUCAUAUCAUACCCACGUACGGAAACAGACCGCUUUCCUGCUGAGCUUGAUCUUCAAAGCUACAUCUCAAAACAGACCCAAAGCCCGUUAUGGGGUUCCCAGGCUACAAAUAUCGUUCAGGGUGCUUUUAGAGCUCCUAGGGGUGGCAAACACGAUGAUAAAGCACAUCCGCCUAUUUAUCCGGUCAAAUUUGCAUCGCUAGACGUAUUGAGGCCUGAUCAAAAGAAGGUCUACGAGUUUGUGGUCCGGCGGUUUUUGGCAUGUUGUUCUGACGACGCCCGAGGCCUCCAAACAAAGAUCGAUCUUCAAUGGCGUCUGGAGCGUUUCACCGCUCUGGGGCUCCAAGUAACCGAGCGUAACUUCUUGGACGUAUACCCAUACUCAGACUGGAAAUCACUGGCUCAACUUCCUUCGUUCACCGAAGGCCAGGAGGUGCAGCCUUCAAGCUGCAAGGUCAAAGAGGGAAAAACCAGUCCACCUAAUUACAUGACAGAAGCAGAGCUUAUUGCACUCAUGGACGCUAACGGGAUCGGCACUGAUGCUACAAUUGCCGAUCAUGUCGAAAAGAUUAUUCAAAGAAAUUACAUCACACGAAGAAAGAUUGGGAAAACGGAGACAUUUAUUCCCACGUCGCUUGGAAUCUCGCUCAUUGAGGCUUUUGACGCUAUUCUUAUUGACAGAAUCUCCUUGCUGAAGCCGUUUUUGCGAAGGGCUAUGGAGGGAUUCUUGCAGAAGAUUUCGAGGGGAGAGAUCACAAAAGUGGGAGUUAUAUCUCAGCUUUUACCGCUUUACAAAGAGGCGUUUAUGGAGAACAGAAACCCAAAUGACUUGGCCAGAACCAUCCAAACUGAUCUCAGUGAACUCCCGUAUUUCCAGUUCAAGCCUACUUUGACAACAUACGGUGUCAAUGAGUUUACGGCCAAUAGUUUGAUCGAAGGCAGGGAUAUGUCGCCUGAAGAGCUCAGACUACAGUACAUGGAGGCAGUCGCCAACAAUAGUUUGCAGGCUUACGACAAAAACUUGGAAUUGAGGCAAAGGGAUAUGGAGUAUUGCGUCAACGAAAUCAAAUCCAAGGACAGCCUCGCCGCAAGGUACCAGCAAGUCGGAGCGACACGAAAAGAACUGAUCAAGCCGUUUAUCCCCAAGACUUUAGAGCAGAGUAUUAACGAUUUACAGAACAACGCUGGUUUUGGCGGGUCCGGUUUCGGUAACUCUGGAGGCUUCGGCUCCCCUGGCUUCGGCUCCUCGCCAUUUGGCAACACAGGUGGGGCCUUUGGUUCACAAAGCACAUCUGCCUUUGGACAGCAAAAUACACAACCAUCGGCUUUUGGACAGCAAAAUACCCAAAACUCGGCUUUUGGUGGACAGAACACUCAGAACUCAGCGUUUGGCUCACAAAACAGCCAGCCUUCUGCGUUUGGCCAAAGCGGUUUUGGCCAACAACCUUCAGCAUUCGGCCAAUCAGGAUUUGGCAACACAGAUAAUAAGACUUCGGCAUUUGGUAAUUCAGCGUUUGGCUCUCUGGGACUGUCUGGUGGAGCCUUUGGAUCACAAAGCACUGGAGGAGCGUUCGGAUCUCAGAAUAAGGGAGGCGCUUUCGGUUCCCAAACUACGGGAGGAAGUGGUGCGUUCGGCUCUCAAAACACAGGCGGAAGCGGCGCCUUUGGUUCUCAAAAUACAGGCGGAAGCGGUGCUUUUGGGUCACAGAAUACAUCAGGUGGAGGAGCUUUCGGAUCACAAAGUACAUCAGGAACUGGAGCAUUUGGCAGCCAAGCUACUACACAAAACAAACCCGCCCAGCUGAAUUCUGGAUUUGGUCAAGCGGGCUUUGGUCAGGCAGGCUUCGGACAAGCAGGGUUUGGUCAGUCGGGUUUUGGACAGCCAGGGUUUGGCAAAUCAGGAUUUGGUCUGUCAUCUGGACAGUCGGGCUUCGGCCAACUGGCAUUCGGCAGCUCUAACACAGGCAACACAAGUAACACAGGCUCAGGCUUUGGUCAGUCCAGCACAUCCAAUCAGUCAGGUUCAGCAUUUGGUCAAAGCGCUUUUGGCCAGACCAAUACAAACAGCGCAUUUGGAGCAGCAAAGACUCCAGAACCCUCUGGUUUUGGUAAAUCGGCUUUUGGAAGCUCUCAACCCAGUGCCUUCGGCGGACAAGCACAAACUCAAUCUGCAUUUGGUCAAAGUGCACCAAAUACGACCUCGCCGUUUGGCCAGGCGGCAGUUCAACCAGCACAAAAUCCAUUCGCUCCACAGCCUGCGGCUGGAACCCAGGCACCAACGCAAACCAAUUCAGGAUUUGGCGGUUUUUCAAGUAAUCAGCCCUCAACCACAUCACAGGCAAACAGCACUACUGAACCUUACCCAGAUGCAUACGACGAACCUGCUUUCACUCUAGGCAAGCUGCUCUUCACCGAGUUUAAAAGCAAGUACAUCCAGAUGACUGUCUGUCCUGAAUGCGGAAACCUAGCGGACAAGUACAUAGAGUUCGAUUAUGUCAUACUCUUCUUGGAUGUGCUCCUCCUCAAACCCCAAGCAUACCGACAUUUGGCAUACAAUGUCGUGGAAAGCUCCAUUUUUUCCAACAAAGACAGUAUCCCCUUUUUUGAAAGGUACAAGCUGCUUUUGCGCUAUGCUGCCCUCACGAUCCUCUUCGAGGUGUACCUCAAUUGGGCAUACGAGGAAAAGCAUGAGACACAUAGUAUCAUAGUGGCACGUAUUUUGCAGAAACCAGUUCCGCUUCAAUACUUGUUUUUCAUAUACCAGCAAUUGGCCGAGCGUGUUGUGCUCUGUGUGCUUAUAGACAAGUGCUUCAGGUUCUUCAUAGGCUGGGGAAGAGAGCCCAAUAAUAACCUACCGCCGAGGUUUCAACGGGGUUACCUUGUGGCUGUACUCUUGCUGACUGUUUUCAUGUCCUUGUCCAUCAAAUGCAUUCCUAUCAUCAUGUUGAUAUGGCCUUACGAUAAUCACACUGUGGCAUCAUCCGUGGUUGAUAUCUUAGGCUUGAUCAAUACCAUUGAAGCGCUCCGAAUGAACAUUGGAUCGUCUUACUUGCUGACAUCAGCCAUUGUCGUUGGCGCAUCCAUUUUGCUGAUCUUGUUUCGGAAGUUUGCAAUCAGCCUUUUGCUUGCAACUUUCAGCGACUCAACAUUCACACAGUUGUUUGUUGGCGAGCUUGUACUUUGGCAGGAACAGGCCAAGACGAUCAAAUUACUCUUUGUCGACUAA